GUACGAUGCCGGGAAGGACGGUUUCAUUGACCUGAUGGAGCUGAAGCUGAUGAUGGAGAAGCUGGGGGCACCGCAGACACACCUGGGGCUGAAGAACAUGAUCAAGGAGGUGGAUGAAGACCUGGACAGCAAGCUGAGCUUCCGGGAG